GCGCAGAGCUCAGAGCCACGUCGCUGAUGCGGCGAAAAGAGACCACGCUCCGCUAAAGGAGACCACGGUCUUCAUGGCUUCCGCGGAGUCGCAGCAGGUCAGAGAUGGCGGCGGUGCUGGAGGAGCCUUCCAGCCCUACCUGGACUCCUUGCGGCAGGAGCUGCAGCAGAGAGACCCGACGCUGCUGUCAGUAGUGGUGGCGCUUCUCGCCGUGCUGCUGACGCUGGUAUUCUGGAAGUUCAUCUGGAGCAGAAGGAGCAGUCAGAGAGCUGUUCUUCUUGUUGGCCUGUGUGACUCAGGGAAAACGUUGCUGUUUGUCAGGUUGUUAACAGGCCUUUACAGAGAUACGCAGACUUCCAUCACUGAUAGCUCGGCUGUGUACAGAGUCAACAGUAACAGGGGUAAUAGCCUGACCUUGAUUGACCUCCCUGGCCAUGAGAGCCUGCGGCUUCAGUUCUUAGAGCGGUUUAAGGCUUCAGCCAGGGCUAUGGUGUUUGUUGUGGAUAGUGCAGCGUUCCAGCGAGAGGUGAAAGACGUGGCUGAGUUCCUGUAUCAAGUUCUCAUCGACACUAUGGGUCUGAAGAAUAUACCGUCAUUUUUAAUAGCCUGCAAUAAGCAAGAUAUUGCAAUGGCAAAAUCAGCAAAGUUAAUUCAGCAGCAGCUUGAAAAAGAACUCAACACCUUACGAGUCACCCGUUCUGCUGCCCCCAGCACACUGGACAGUUCCAGCACCGUCCCCACUCAGCUGGGAAAGAAAGGCAAAGAGUUUGAAUUUUCACAGUUGCCCCUCAAAGUGGAGUUUCUGGAGUGUAGUGCCAAGGGUGGAAAAGGGGACAGUGGCCCUGCUGACAUCCAGGACUUGGAGAAAUGGCUGGCUAAAAUCGCCUGAGCAGAAGAUGUGGAUUUGUCUGUGACCGACAGCUUUGGAAAAGGAUAGAUCUCAGAGUUGAUAAAGAAGUCGUACAAAAUAAGGUUAGAAACAGUUCCUUGUUCCGGAAACAAAUUACUGUUGAAACCAGUUUGGGAUUUUUUUUUUAAACUUCAGGUCUUCUUUACUACUUCUUUUCCAUCUGUGGUCAUUUUCAUUUGACUCGUGUACCUUGCUUCUGGUAAGGUGUAUGUAAUAUCCCUUUAGCUUGUGCUUGAUGUAGGGUCAAGGUCUUUGUGACAUAACAAGGCAGACUCAACAUGAGAGGAUAUUAUCAUAAGAAUGUUUUAACCUGAAAAGUUCUCUUAUCCUCUGCUUUUGUGCUUUGGUCCCUUCUUCCUGGAAACAAAUCUGCCUUUUUAUGGAACCAGUUGAUUUGCAGUUGCCCCUGGCUUUCCUUGCAGUACAUUCCCUAGUCCUCUGUGAAUUCUCACAUUUGUAGAUCCAAUUACAAUAUGGUUUUCCCCACAUUUAAAGGCAGGUAGAAAGCAGCAACACAGAGUGGAGGUGUGAAUGCGAGGCAGUGGGCUCUGUCUCUCAUCAGCUCAGUGAGGUGCCCACACUCCAGCCUAUGGCACUUCUGAAACACACAUUCAUGAACCCGUGGAGCCACUCCUAGAUGGUAGAACUUUAAAUGCUAACCCCUACUUGCCAAGAGUCUAUGUGUUCUAGUGGUUUCCCAUAACCGGGAAAUAUAGGGAGAUUUAGAAACUGGUAGGUUCCACUGGGUGGCUGAGGGCUCCUAGGCUAUCUUCAUGUGUUGCUCGAUCAGCUCUUAUAUUGUACCUUUAGCUAAAACGCUAUGGAACAGAUAGGAAAUGAAAAAAAUUCUCUGCAGAGUUUUGAAGCGCGUAUUCAUCAAUGCAAAAAAAAAAAAAAAAGUCUGCCUUUUAAAAGCGAUGUCCUUUGCUGCCUUCUUAAAUGUUUUUUUAUGGCUUUUAUAAAUAAUUAAUACAUUUCUUGGUAAAUAAA